AGGGGGAGUCUCUGAUGACGUCGGUGAGCAUCGACCACAACGUGGACGAGCUGCUGGUGGGGCUGCUGACGCAGAUCCGCCUCAAGCAGCAGCACGCUGAGAGAGUGAGGUGAGGAGGGGGAGUCUCUGAUGACGUCGGUGGGCAUCGACCACAACGUGGACGAGCUGCUGGUGGGGCUGCUGACGCAGAUCCGCCUCAAGCAGCAGCACGCUGAGAGAGUGAGGAAACGAAGCAGUUCGCGCAAGAACCGCAGCCGCGCGCGGUCGCCGCUCGAGGCAGAAGUAGUGGCGCCGACCGCGCCGGCCUCCGCCGCCAGCACGCCGAGGAAACGCUCGCGGCUCUCUGCUAGUGUUAAGGUGCGAGGUCUGCUGGGCCGCGUGUGGGCGCGCGACUCCAAGUCCAAGUCGUGCGAGAACCUGCACGUGCUCUAGCACUCGGCCGCCGAGCCCGUCGCCUGCUUCCCCUUCUUCGACUGCGGGGCCCUCGCCUAGCCGCCACCAGCCAAUGAGGCCUUCGCCUAGCCGCCACCAGCCAAUGAGGCCUUCGCCUAGCCGCCACCAGCCAGUGGGGCCUCGCCCAACGCACAUCAGGCUAUGAAUGCGGGGCUUUAGCGUAGCCGCCACAACAACACAAUGUCACAUAUUAUUUAACAGCUUAGUUAUGAUUUUCCGAAUUGCUUAGCAAAUAGCUUCCAUCAAAAGGGACAAUGCAUCUAUAGCUUGGCAAGAUCGUUACAUGACACGAUGAUACUCCCAUGCGUCCCACGAAAGACUGCUCGGGUAUGAAGUUGUGCGAGCGGGGCAUCGCUACCCCCCACCCGGCCCGCGCGGACCACCGGAUGUGUUACGAACGAAUUUGCCAAACUACUAUUUCGGUGUACACUAAUCCUCAACUAAACUUUAUCACUUGUGUUCAACAGUUAUUUUAAUAUUAAACAACUCAUGACGGCUUCACACGCAGUUAAUUAAGUUUAUUUUUAUGCCAAUUAUUGGCGUACCUAACGAGCAAACCGCCCCCUGACCCCUAAGUUUUUUUUAGUUUUUAAAACACCAACGCCUGUGACGAGACGCCAGCCUCACACGGGUAAAUAUACCUUCAAGUCUGCAGCGCGCUUACGGAUGCAGAGCUGACAGAUAUAUCGAAAAGCCGUAAUAGAGCAACACCUCACGUCCUCGGGCACGCUCGGUGACACCACGUCUCGUGUGCUCCAACACCCGAUAACCCGGGGAAAAGAUUUUAAGUUAGGCUUGUAAAUUCACCGACAACGUCCCUUCAGAACGAAUCUUUAUGUUCUGUUAAUAAUAUAUUUUAUAAAUCUUAACUGCUUGGAUCGUUUGAUACGCAUAGCGAUAGUAUUACUUUAGUUUAGUUCAGGAUUAGUGUACCUACAUGCGAAGGUAAUCCCACUGUUACAAUUAUUUAUUAAAUAGAAAGUUAAAGAAUAAUAACAGCGGCUUUCGAAGUUCCGGUGGCAAAAUGUUAUUUAUAAUUUUGGUAAGUAAUUGCAGUUACUGGUACCAAAACACAAACAAUUAUUAUAUUUGAAUAUUACCCAUGCAGUGCGAUUAUGGUAUUAAAAUAUACAGUUUUAUUAAAACAAAUGGAACCCAAAGUUUUUUUUUAAAUAAGAGACGAAUUUAUGCAUUCCAUGGGAACUGUGCGGGCGCCAGGUCCAUCGCGUGGUAUUGCGGAAUCCGAGGACUUGUGACCCCGUAAUGAAUACAAUGAAUUAGGUACCCGUUAUGGGUAACAAAAUGUCAUUUUUGAAAACUCUCUGUAAUUUCAAUGCUUAUAAAGAUAGAUAUACUGUGAAAGUACAAAGCGCAAAACAAAUUCUUUUGAUUGGUAAGGCACUGCAUGCAAGUCAAAUUUAUAUUUUACACAAAUCAAACUCAGAUAUAGGUAGGUAAGUAUACAUGUUAUAAUAUGCGAUGAGUAGAGAUUUUUAUAAACAGUUCAAAUGAUUAAAAUAUAUCGUUUCGUAUCGUUAAAAAAGUUUUCUUAUAAUUGAUACAAAUUGCACACAAGUUUCAAGCGUAAGUUUCAAAGGAGAGUUUUUCGAAAGAAACUGAAAUAAUCUUGUCAAUGUGGCGAUAUUACUUUCUAACUAUCGCUCGUAUUGCAGAUAUCUCCUUGUGUAAUUAUCAGUAGGAAUGAGAAUGCUUCUAGCUAAAUAAAGACGGGAAUACGGCGGGCCGGCGACGACUUCGAUCACGAAAACCCGAAGUCAAAUGAAUUUAUAACUUUUUAAUCUAAAAAACAUAAAAUUAUGAAAGCCAUAAUUUAACGACAUGAAGAAAAACGUUCCAUAUUUUUUUUUCAAAGUAAUAAGUUUUAAUGAAAAUGUUCUAACUAAGUUUAUGUAAUAAUUAUAUCGUGUUACUUUGAAUAGAUUAGUCGGUUUAUUUUUAACAAAAUUCUUGUAAUGUUUAUCUUUGAUUAUCUAUUAUUGUUGUUUUAUAUCAAUUCAAAUUAAAUUAAGUAUUACAUCUCAAUUUUGAAAAUGUUAUUUACUAAUUUAAUAUUUGUAUGUUGAAAUAUAAUAAAAUGAGAUGAUAAUUAUUUUAAUUGAAAACUAUAAAAGUAUUAUUGACGUAUGUAGAUAUAAAAAUAUAUUGUGAUCCCAAUGUGUCUCCUCGAUAAAUGUUCAUAUUCCAUGUAGACUUUAGGAUAAUCCAUUAUUGAUACUAAUAUAUUAUUAUACGCAUAAAUCUACUAUUAUAAUAAAUUAUAUUACAGCAUUAAAUUACAUAAUAAGUUUAUCAUUAACAUAUAUUACAGAAUCUGCUAAAAUAUACUGAACUAAUAAUUGACAUAUUUGAAUAUUAUUGUGAAUUUUUAUAGGUAGGUAUGCCUAUAUUUAUCGUAAUAUUAUUGCAUUUUUUGAUUGCUAGGUAUGUUUAAGUAAUUAUUUUUACAAAUAUAAAGAUAAAGGAACGAUGUAAAUUGAUCAAAGUUCAGACAAAUUAGUGAUUGAGUCAGUAUUGUAUAAAUGUAGGAGAUAUAGAAUUAAAACCGUAUUCUAAAUAAUUUGUUCUUCCGUCGUCUAACUAUCUUCGUAAGAUCAAUUUAAUAUUUGUUUGUUAUAUUUAACUUCAUGAUGGCACGAUUGAGUACCAUUUGUUUGUUGUUCUUUAAUUAAUUUAUUGCGCUUCGAAUAAUAUGUUAAAAUCUUCUUCCUAUCUUUCUCGAGAUGUUAAAAAACAUCAAAACCAAUCGGGUCCACGGCUUGAAAUGUAAGCUAACGAAUUAGGAAUAGACAAAUCGUUUAAAAUUACAGAAUUAGUUGUAGAGAGAGAGAGAAAUUCAUGUAGUGCAUGGUAGAGGUAUACUGAGAGAAACUGAUAGAGGAAAGAUGAUAAGCAAACAGGGCAAACUUAGAGUGUAACGUAUGCUGUAGAAUGUAGAAAAAUUCGCAGACAAAAUGAAAGUUUUUGGACGACAUCCAAAGUUUUAUAUAAUAAUUGUACCUCUUAAAAAAUAAAAAUUGAAUCCAUCCAAUCAAAUUAUUUCCAAAAUCUUACGAUUUGGUCGAUGUGGUAGCUUAUAUGGAUUUAAAUUCGAGUGAACCUAACAGAACAUAUUAGAAUGUCAACAAGUAAUGGAGUAGAGUAGAGUUAGGACAUUUUUGUUAAACUUGAAAAAAUUGAGGAAUUUAGUUCGGGCUACACUAAUACACCAAAAAUUAUCUAACCUUUUGAAAAAAAACAUAAUUACCUAAUCUCUAAUCUAUUCCAUUAUUGCAUUAAACAAAGCAUAGCAGAAUGAAAUUAUGAAUUCGAGACCCGCAAAGUGUUUUGUUUUUUCAUAGGAUUAAUGCCCUAGACUAAGAAUUUGUUUACACAAUCAUUUCAAUUUGAGUGCCUGACAUUUAGUGAAUAUUUUGAAAGCCCUCCGUAAUACCCAUUUGCCUUAUUUUAUUAGAAUUUAUUUUAUAGUUGGACCCUUGUUCGUUAUAAAAUGUAAAUCGAUGCGAUUUCCGAGUGGUGCAUUUUUUCGAUAUUAUAACGGACAUCGGUCCAGGUGGGUAUAUUUAGACGCUAGAAAACUACAAUUAUAUUCGUAAUAAUAUUAUACAUAAAAAUAUCUGAAUUACUAAUUUAAAAUUAUAAGAAGUAGAUGUAUUUCAUGUUUUGGUGUCAUAUUUAGUCAUUUAAAUGUGAGAUUUGGAGGAGUUUCAUUUACCACGAUAUUAUUUGCAUUUAUUUUCUAUUAUUAUUAUAUUUUAAAUUAAAUAAUUUAAGAAAAACGUAGCACCUAGUUAAUGUUGAAUAUGUUAAAUGUGUUAUGUUCUUCUGUUUAUCUAUAUUAAAUGCAACAGGAUGCGCUAGGUGAUUGAUUGAUUGGUAACCUAGAAGUUAUUACAUUAUACAGAAAAAACUUUCUACUGAAAUAAGAGAGCACGGAAAUUUUACACAAAACUGGUUCUUGCUGACAUAGAUGUUUUGCCGCCCUUAUAAUUUGGUAAAUGAAUCUGCUCCAAAACGAUUAGUCUAGUACUUAGAUGUGAUUGCGCCAAAGUACGUGCGCACAUACAAAUACAUAGUUGUGGCAGACUUUUAACGCUUUAUUAAAUCCCAGGGUCCAAAUAAAACACCAAUUUCACCUCGCCCUUGGACUAUCCUGGACCAUCCUAGAACUAAUCGCCAUCAGGUAGGUAUCAUUAGAGAAAGUAGAAGCAGCUGUUUUAAAAACGCUAUCGCUGAAUAUCAAUUUUCAUAAAAAUAUUAAUAUUUUUAUCAUUAAUUUAAUUAAAAAACUGUCAUCAAUUUUAAUCCAAUCUCUUAAUGAUUUCAAAUCAGUCUCGAUAGAAGAAAAAUAUCAGAACAAAAUAUUUUUAUUGUUUCGUGGACUUGUGUAAUGGAAUGCGAUGUUCAGCUUUAGUGUUUUUGUAUUGUAGCUAAUGAAGUAGGGAAAACCAGGGAAUUGACAAUAAGGGUAUCUCCUAGGUAAUAAAAAAGUUUCCGUAUGGAUUUCCAAGUUUGACAUCUUCCUCCAAGACUUUGUUAAACAAGUAUUCUAAAAGUCGCUUACAAAGUAUUUUUGCUGUACCUUGGGCUUGUUUUCUUGUAACGGCUUAAGCAAUAAUUAAAUAAAUAAAAAAAUAUCGGAAAUCCUCCAAUGAUCAGUCUUUCUCGAUGACAUUUAAAUUGCUUACUUCAAAAUAUAACAAACCUCUGCAAGGCAUCACAACAUACACAUUAGACAUUCAAUCCUAAUUGAUUCACGUGGAGAUUUUCAGAUUAUGUGCAAAGCUUCACAACCUGAAUUUGUAAAGACGUCAAUUUUUAUGUCAUAGAGAAUUUAAUUCCAUCCCGAUAUACAUAAAGCUUGAAAAGCUGUAUUUAAUGAAAGUAACCAAGCUGAUAUAAUCUUCUUAAGCAAUCCUUUUAUCCUCUGCUUCCCAAAAACUCAGAACCUAAGUCUGAACCUAAAACUAAGUCCAUGACUAAAUGAUAUUCCAUUGGACCACGUUAAGCAAUAUGUCUCUAUAUUUGAUAGUCCAAUAGAUUUCAUAUAUUGUAGGCGUAGCUUACCUUAGAUUUUUAUAUCAUUAUAUGGUAAAUUAAUAUUCGAUCGUAGCCCUGUAACAUUGGUGUUUGUGUCCCUGCGAAUACGUCACCCGUUCCAUUGAUUCACCAUUUGCUAUUUAAUGAUUAUUGUAAAUAUCUAUUGUUUUUGCUACAGCGCAAUCUUGAACAGACAACAUGGGCACGUCGGUUGUCUUACUGAAUGCCGUGGAUGCAACGCCUUCACUAUAGACGAAACUUUAAACCCGCAGUCACCCGCGUGAUGCAAGGGUGGCGCAACUGUUGUCAUAUCUUCCAAUUAAUGGAUAAAUAUAGUACCUGCAACCCCGCUCCUCUGUCGCUACCCUCUGUCGACUUACCCUGCACCUCUGCACUGCGCGGGUGAGGUACUUAAUUACACAGUUUGCCUGUAGAUUUUUAAAGUCGAGCAAGUCUGGCGAGCUGCUAAUCGAUUUUUAAUACGUAGGCUAUAUCAAUCUGAGACAGAUGGAAGUUGUUCUAGUUUCCCAUUAAGAGUUGACCACAGAAUCAUGGAAAAUAAAUUUCAAUUCAAUUGUCUUUCAAAUUAACUGAUAAUGAUAUAAAAUAAUAAAUUAUCUUCCGAUAUUUGAUGAUAAAUAAAACGGAACGUUCAAGGAACAGUUGCAUUCACGGCGUUUACUGUUGUCUGUGCAACGUUUGUUAAUAAAACUUCAUUUAUAAUUAUUUUAAAGUGCAUAAUUUGUACAUAUUUAUAAUAUUAUUGAAUUUAUACAUUACUACAUUACAUUUACUCUAAAUAGCGCCAUUAGUAACAAUAUUUAUUCGCAAUUUAUACAAAAUAUACAUCUGUCAGAAAUGUUCUGUAGAGCAUACAUAAAGUUUUAAUAUCAUGUGAUACAUCAUUAAGACAAAUCACCCUUUAAAAGUGCCGCUUCCUAUAUUCAAUUUCAUUUGAUAGGUACCAACGAAGAAAUAUUGUACUCGGACAAAGUUGAUAAAAGUUUUAUUUAUAAAGUCAGUCAAGUGAAAAAGUGCAUUAAAAUCUCAUACGAAAUUCUCCUAAAGAGUUCUAUCCUGAUACCUUCUUUUAGCUUUUCAGCUCAACUCUGAAUUCUCCGCUUAUCCAAAACCCAAGUUGACGUUACUGCGGAAAUACAAAAUCAGAAGAAAAAUCUAAUGGUUAUAAAAAAAAUUUACAAUCUAGUCGCGAUAUUUUUAAGGGGUUAUCUGUCACUUCACACGCUCCAAAAUUGGCAGUUACAUCAACAAGAUCGUGAUGAGUUUGAAUGUAUCUGCACAUCACUAGUGGUGACGUAACCAUUGUUAUGAAGUAAUGAAACAUAUCUAUAUACACAGUUUUCAGAUCAAUUUUGCGCACAACACGAUAGAUAUCACAUUUAUUAUAGUUUCCGUGUAGAUGAGGGCCUUUUUGAAAUAAUGUAACUUUUUGACAACUUCUCAAUGAAAUUGUUCAUUAAAAGUUUUAAUUUACAAUGUUUUGAGUUUAUCGGGAAAAGUGUUGUAGACACAGAAAAUGUUCCGCUUAUAAAAUAUAGUUACUUAUAUUAUCAUAAAUAUGGAUUUUUAAUAAUUCAUGAUGAAUCGAGAAUUUGUCAAAAAUAAUAAAAAAUAUACAAGAUUUGGAAAGCAAAAUGUUUUAUUCGAUUAAUAAGUUUUGUAUUUUAGUUUUAAUUAGCAUUAUAGCAUUUAUUAUUAUAGUUUAUUUGUUAAAUGUGACAUUUCGAAAUAUAUUCUGAUGUUUCUUAUAUAAAUUAAUUAUUAUUUUAUUUUAAAUCUCAAAAUAGUAAUAAAGAUAAUUUAAUAAUAAAUAUUACCUACAAUAAUUUGGAUAUAAACAAAUCAAAACAGUUAAGAUUUAAAAAAAAUUAAAAGGAGAAUUUAUUGCUUUUGAAAAAGAAAACAAAUACAGCUCGGAUCUCAA